AUGAUAAUAUCCAAAAAGCCUACUGAUAGAUAUUAUGCUGUUUAUAUGAUUGUAUUAAUUCAUGGAUUUGGCAUGUUAAUGACGUGGAAUAUGUGGAUUACUAUUGCGCCUGCGUAUUAUAUGGAAUAUAAAUUAAUUGGAAUGGAUAGAAAUGGUACAAAAUAUGUCUCGUCUUAUGCAGCUAAUUUCCUUAGCUAUUUAAUUUUAGCUUCCAAUUUACCAAAUUUCACACUUAAUUUGAUUAAUUUACUCUUUAAUUUUAAAGGAAGUCUUGAAAAACGAAUUACAUUAUCACUUGCAGUUAUGGCAUUGAUCUGUUUGAUUACUCUUAUAUUCACCGUUAUUGAUACUUCCAGAAUGGUUACGGUAUUCUUUAUUAUAACGAUUACUACGGUAGCAAUACAGAAUGCUGCAUGUGGUCUGUACCAAAAUUCAUUAUAUGGUUUGGUUGCAGUUUUCCCACCACAAUAUACCAAUGCUAUUCUUCUUGGUAGUAAUAUUUGUGGUACAUUUGUAUCCGUUGUUAAUAUUAUAACAAUUGUUGCAACAAAUGAUAUUAAAACUGCUGCUUUCUUCUAUUUCUUCAUAUCAUUUCUGGCAGUUCUCACAUGUUUUGGCUCAUUAUUUAUACUUGUAAAAUUAGAUUUUUAUCAGUAUUACAUGCAAAAAGCAAUUGAGAAAAUGGGAAAGAGAAAUUUGGAUGGAAUAUUGGUUGAAUUCAAACAAAAUAAUAGUAAUAUAAAUAAAACUGGAUUAAAAAGUAAUAAUUGCGAAGUUAGCAAACAUACGAACAUUUCAAACAGUGGUGAUAUUGAUUUAUUAACAAUAAAUUUUCGGAUGAAAUUAUACCUGUAUUACGAUGUUUUCAAAAAGAUAAGAAUGCAAUGCUUCAAUAUUUGGUUUAUAUUCGUUGUAACAAUAGCAUUAUUUCCAGCAGUAAUGGCUGAUGUGAAAGUUUAUAGUGAAAACGGUAUUUACAGCUUUGUAAUACCAGAAAAAUUAUUCACCCCAGUAACCACAUACUUUUUUUUCAAUCUCUUUGCUUUUUUUGGAUCAUUUUUGGCAAAUUUCGUGCAUUGGCCUCAACCUAAAUGGCUUGUGAUACCAGUUAUCAUACAAGUAGCUUUUAUUCCGCUAAUGUUAAUCUGUAACUUUCGAUCAGCACAUCGAACAUGGAAAAUAUUAAUUUAUAAUACAUGGGUUUACAUUGCUCUGGCUAUCUCAAUGUCAUUAUGCAGCGGAUAUUUCAGUGCCUUGGCCCUUAUGUACGCACCAAAACAGGUUGAAGCAUCAAAAUCUACGAUUGCUGGAAUGAUUGCUGCUUUCUUCCUUAUGUUUGGUGUGAUAUGUGGUACAUUACUUACAUUCGUCAUAUUAUGGUUUAUUGAUAGCGUUGGACCACUACAACCUACAAAAUUAUGA